AUGGGGUCUCACAGCACUUCCCGCGGCUGGGUCAAUGAGCCGAUCGCAAUCGUCGGCUUGAGCUGCAAGUUCGCGGGAGAUGCGUCGAGUCCUGAAGGUCUAUGGAAGAUGCUGGCCGAAGGAAAGAGUGCUUGGAGUGACUUAUCGGCACGCUUCAACAGUACAGGCGCAUACCAUCCUAACCAUGAGAAGCUGAGCACAGCAAAGGACCUGGCCUUGUUCGACGCCGCAUUCUUCGAUUUUUCUCGAGAACUCACCGCCGCACUAGACCCACAAUUCCGGCUACAGCUCGAGUCUGUCUAUGAGGCACUGGAGAACGCUGGCCUUCCUCUGGAAAAGAUCGCAGGUUCCAACACGUCGGUGUUUGCCGGUACAUUCGUCCACGAUUACAGAGACUCAUUGGUCCGCGAUGAAGACAACCUUCCAAGAUUCUUUCUCGCUGGUGUAGGCUCUGCUAUGGCAUCGAACCGCAUAUCUCACUUCUUCGACUUUCGAGGUGCGAGCAUGACCAUCGACACAGGCUGUUCGACUGCACUUGUUGCUCUCCAUCAAGCUGUACAGAACCUUCGUAGCGGAGAAAGUGAUAUGAGCAUUGUCGGCGGCUCGAACAUCAUCUUCAACCCCGAUAACUUCAAGGCAAUGGGGUCACUUGGGUUUUUGUCACCAGACGGAAAAUGUUUCGCUUUUGAUUCGCGUGCCAACGGGUACGGACGAGGUGAGGGUGUGGCCACGCUUGUGAUCAAACGGCUACAGGACGCCAUCUCCGCGGGCGACCCUAUCCGCGCCGUCAUCCGCGAGACAGCCCUGAAUCAAGACGGCAAGACGGAGACCAUCACAUCACCGAGCCAGGCAGCCCAAGAGGCCCUCAUGCGUGAUUGUUACGCAAGAGCCGGCCUGGACCCCAACGGCACUCAGUAUUUCGAGGCACAUGGGACUGGAACUGCAACAGGAGACGUCAUCGAGGCAAAUGCGAUUGCUUCUGUCUUCAAAGGCCGGAACGGGCGGGAUGUAGAGGCCCUCCGCGUGGGUUCAGUCAAGACCAACGUCGGUCAUACGGAGGCAACUAGUGGACUAGCCAGCCUGAUCAAGGUGAUUUUGGCCAUGGAAAAGGGUCUGAUCCCUCCCAGUAUCAACUUCGAUAAGCCGAAUCCCAAAUUGUCCUUGGAUGAGUGGGGUAUCAAGGUGGCUACAAGAUUGGAAGAGUGGCCUGCCCCCGCUGACGGUGUCCGCCGCGCGUCCGUGAACAAUUUUGGAUACGGCGGAAGUAACUCGCACAUUAUCAUCGAGGAUGGUCAGUUCUGGGCCAAAGAGCUGAGAUCUACCAGGACCAAUGGAGUUGCGAACGGCAGCAUAACUUUGACCAAUGGCACAAAUGGAGUAUCUCACGGCGUCAAGGGACUGCAAACCUCAUCAAGCCAUGAGACCAAGUUUGUGGUUCUCAAUUGCAGCGCCAAGGACGAGCAAACAUGUCGAAAUGCGGUCUCCACGCUCAAAGAAUACCUCGUAGAGCAGGCAGAGAGCAAAAAAGACAAAGGAGACAUCGAGGCAUUGCUUCAGUCAAUUGCCUUUUCAUUGGGACAACGGCGGACAAAGUUCCCUUGGAUUGCUUUGAAUCCAGUUCCGUCCAACCAAGGCAUCGGCAAUGUCAUCUCUGCCCUCGAGACUCCCAAGUUUCGGCCAUCCCGCACACCGCCACGACAACCGCGUAUAGGUAUGGUCUUUACGGGACAGGGAGCACAAUGGCACGCCAUGGGAAGGGAGCUGAUCGCGGCCUACCCGGUGUUCAGUGCGUCUCUCCAAGAAGGCGACACGUAUUUGAAGGAGAUUGGAGCGGAUUGGUCUUUGAUGGAAGAGCUUCAACGGGACGCCAAGACUACCAGGGUGAACGGGACCGGCUACAGUAUUCCAAUCUGCGUUGCUGUUCAGAUCUCGCUUGUCCGCCUACUCCGCACUUGGGGGGUAACGCCGGCGGCUGUGACUAGCCACUCCAGUGGUGAGAUCUCGGCAGCCUUCACGGUUGGAGCCGUAAGCUAUCGCACGGCCAUGGGCAUAGCCUAUCAUCGCAGUAAGCUGGCCGCGGAGAUGACAGCUAGCGGUCCCAUCAAAGGCGGAAUGAUCGCAGUGGGCCUCGGCCAGGAGGACUCAAGCCGGUAUUUGGAAAAGCUCACUUGUGGUGCAAAGGCUGUCGUCGCUUGCGUGAACAGCCCAUCAAGCACCACCGUUGCUGGCGAUAUCGAGGCGAUCCUGGAACUCGAGACUCUAUUGGAGGCGGAUGGCGUAUUCGCCCGACGCCUUCGAGUCGACACAGCUUACCACUCUCAUCACAUGGAUCCAAUCGCCGACGACUAUCGCAAGGCGCUCCGUAGUAUGGCUAGCACUGAUCAAAAGGGCAACAAGUUACUAAGUUCUACCGCGUUCGCGUCCCCGGUUACAGGCUAUCGUAUGGGCAGUGCUGAAAAGAUUGCCGAUCCGGAGCACUGGGUGCGAAGUCUUGUACAACCCGUACAAUUCGUGGAAGCCUUUUCGGAGAUGGUUUUAGGAGACUUGGAAGUUGACUCAGAGACCUCUGCAACCAGCGUGGAUCUAAUCGUUGAGAUUGGUCCUCACACUGCUCUUGGUGGCCCCAUCUCGGAGAUCCUCACGCUCCCGGACUUCGAAGGGAUCAAGUUACCAUAUUAUGGCAGUCUUGUUCGAAAGACCAACGCGGUGGAAAGUAUGCAGGCUCUCGCAUCUAGUCUUAUCCGUGAGGGCUACGCGAUCGACCUAGAGUCCGUGAACUUCCCCCAAGGAAGAAACAAACAUAUUAGGGUACUCACGAACUUGCCCUCUUAUCCAUGGAACCAUCAGACGAGACACUGGCUCGAGCCGCGAACAAACAAAGGGCUUCGCGAGAGGAGCCAACCACCUCAUAAUCUGCUCGGCUCACUCGUGCCAGGUGCGAAUCCUGACGCGCCGGCAUGGAAGCAUGUUCUCCGAGCCAGCGAGGCCCCGUGGCUCAGAGACCACUCGAUCCAGAACAACAUGUUGUAUCCUGGAUGUGGUUUCGUUUCUCUUGCGAUCGAGGGUCUACGCCAGCAGACAGCCAUCCUGCAGGAACAGGGUGAGGUCGUGCCCAUAGGUGACGUUUCCGGUUACCAGAUAAGGGACGUCAACGUUCUCCAGGCUCUUGUUGUCCCGGAUAAUGAGGAUGGUAUUGAGAUCCAGACGGUACUACGUCCUGUCAACGACAAAGCCAUUGGUGUGCGUGGCUGGAAGCAAUGGGAGGUGUUCUCCGUGACGACGGAUAACCAGUGGACCCGUCACGCUCAGGGUCUCGUCUCAGCUGAGUUUGGAACAUCAUCCGAUCAUACAGGCGUUGGCCUACAGAGGAGACAGCUAGAUCGGGCCCCAUUAGAUCCAACUUCUGGGUAUGCGAAGCGGAUCGACCCAGCGGACAUGUGGAGUGUCUUGGCAGAGAUGGGGAUCGAGUAUGGAAAGACAUUCAGAAACAUCGAGAGCAUUGUACAGUCGGGCCGCGAAAUGAGGUCCAUCAGCACAAUCAACGUGCCUGAUACUUCAGUUGCUAAGGAUCUGCCUCCUAACCAUGUGGUCCAUCCAGCCACGCUCGACGCCUUCGCCCAGGGCACGUUCACUGCUCUUCCCGGCACCGAGUCGCAUCAAGAAAGCCCUAGGGUUUUCCAAUCGAUCGACAAACUCUGGGUUUCGAGCAAGAUUGCUCACAAGGCAGGACAUAGAUUUCAGUGUCACACGUUACUCAAACAUGCCGAUGGGCAAGGUAUCGAGUCCGAGAUAGUCGUAGUCGACGAGGGCUCGGGGUCUAUUCCGGUCCUGGAAAUCAAAGGUCUCGUUCUUUCGUCACUCGGACGGAGCGCAAACAACGGCGCCAAGGCUUGGGAGAAGGAGCUCUGCAGCAAGAUAGAAUGGGUCACUGAUUCGGUUGUCGACAAUGGAGCAGCCUUUGAGUCGUCCACAAAGCUGCCGCGAUACCAAGAAAUUGACGACGAUGAGAGCCGCACCAACGCAGACCUUGAGUGGUUGUGUCUCGACUUCAUCCAAGAUGCGCUGUCUGCAUUGUCUGCAUCCGAAGUGGACCGGCUUAAAGGCUUUCGAUCCGAUUUCUACAAGUGGAUGCAGGCUAAAUUGCACGAGGCUGCAGCCGGAAAGAGAGAAGAAUUAUCAAAGGAGCGACAGGCCCUCAUAGACGUCUUGUCUGAAGCCAGCCCGGACGGCAGAAGAGUGUCUCUUCUAGGACCGCACUUGACCGCAGUGCUUCGGGGAGAUAAAGACGCCCUUGAGCUAUUGAAAGAACUUGGCCUUCUAGAGGAAUCGCAGAGCCAUUCUGAGCCGACUCCAGCUACUCUCCGAGCGGCUUCACAGGCAGCGUCCAUACUAGGACAUAUCACGCAUGCUAAUCCCCGUGCGCGCAUCCUGGAGGUCGGCUCCGACACCGAGGCUGCCACUGCCGCGAUGCUCGAAUCCCUGGGCACAAUCGAGACAGGAGGACCGCUCGCGGCAAUAUACCAUUUCACCAAUGUGUCCGGUGACUUCGAGGAUGCACGUGAGAAAUUCGGACUGUGGGCUGACGUUCUAUCUUUCGACAAGCUCGAUAUCAACUCUGAUCCCUCCGCUCAGGGCUUCGACGUCGGCAGUUACGAUGUCGUUGUCGUGAACCAGGUCAUUCUUAACACAAAGUCCAUUUCAAAGUCUUUGGAUCAUAUUCAAAGCCUACUCAAACCCGGAGGGAAGAUGUUACUCGUUGAGCCCACGAGGGACAACAUUGCGAAGCAGUUGAUUCGUGGUUUCCUGUCGCAGCGGUGGCAGGAUGGCGAUCGUCAGAAGGCCUUUCAACCGCUUCCGAAUGUAUCUGCUUGGGAUCAAAACCUUAAGACUGCCGGCUUCGGGGGAGUGGAUUUUGAGAUCCGCGACUGCGAGAAGGAACAAGUACAUACGAUGAGCACCAUAUCGGCGACAUUGCGGUCGACCACACAGGCCCGCAUGCCUGACUCCGCUGACAUCGUGAUUGUUACCAGCAACACCGCAGGGCCUCCACCGCCAGCCUGGCUUGAUUCCCUGCAACGUUCUCUCUCUUUGAGUGUCUCAGGUCCACUGCCAGCCGUCCAAGUUUUGGAGACCGCUGAACCGACGGCAUAUACGGGGAAAAUCUGUGUAUUCCUUGGCGAGAUGAAUCAGCCGUUACUUCGCGACAUCAAUGCUCCAGUUCUGGAUGGCAUAAAGGCUAUGACAACAAGUUGCAAAGGCUUGCUCUGGGUGACACGUGGCGGAGCGGUCGAGUGCGACAACCCAGACCUCGGACUCGUGUCGGGUUUCCUCCGCUCAUUGCGCAAUGAGUACAUCGGCCGGCCUUACCUGACAUUGGAUCUGGAUCCCAGAAGCCCUGUAUGGGCUGCCGAUGAUGUGAUUGCCGUCGUAAAAAUCCUGAAAGCCGGUUUCAGCAGUUCAGUGGCUGCCUCUGAUGUACCUGGGGCUUCAGCAGCCAGUGACUUCGAGUACGCCAUCCGAGAUGGCUCCGUCGUGGUACCCAGGCUGUUCAAAGACACGCCUCGGAACAAGUCGGUGGCACCCGACGAGGGCGCCGAUGUAUCUUCAGCGGCCACGAUGACACCGCUGCAUCAACCAGAGCGUCCUCUAGUCAUGAAUGUCGGCAUGCCAGGCCUGCUCGAUACGAUAGCCUUCGUCGACGACUCGUCAGUGGCUGCAGACAUGGGUUCCGCGCUCUCUCCUGAGCUGAUCGAAAUCGAGCCCCGAGCAUAUGGCGUCAACUUUCGAGAUGUUAUGGUAGCUAUGGGCCAGCUUCAAGAGCGUGUCAUGGGCCUUGAGUGUUCCGGUGUCAUCACCCGCCUCGGCAAAGAGGCGAUGGCUCAAGGGUACAAUGUUGGUGAUCACGUCUUUUGUCUAUUGCGCGGACCUUUCGGCAGUCGCGCUCGAGUUGAAUGGACCAGUGUGAUGCACAUGCCCACCGGGAUCAGCUUCGAGGAGGCAGCGUCACUUCCUGUUAUCUUCUGCACUGCCUAUAUGUGUCUCAUUGACCUUGGUCGUCUGGAACGCGGCCAGACUGUCCUCAUUCAUGCCGCCGCAGGUGGUGUCGGACAAGCAGCUAUCAUGGUGGCAAAGCACCUAGGGGCAGAGAUCUUUGCCACUGUUGGCACACCCGAGAAGCGACAGAUGGUCAAGGACAGAUAUGGCAUCCCAGAAGAUCACAUUUUCAGCAGCCGUGACGCCUCCUUCGCAGCAGGCAUUCUCACCGCCACCGGUGGCCGCGGCGUCGACGUGGUCUUGAAUUCCUUGGCCGGCCAUCUCCUGCAGGAAAGCUUCAACGUGCUCGCCCCAUUUGGACACUUCGUGGAGAUUGGAAAGCGUGACUUGGAAAUCAAUAGUUACCUGGAAAUGCGCCCAUUCGCUCGCCAGGUCACCUUCUCGGCAUUCUAUCUGCUGACUUUGAUGCAGCACAAGCCGCACGCUGUGCAUCGCGUGCUGUCAGAGAUUGGAGCGCAUCUUGAGGCCAAGAUCAUCGCGCCCGUUCAUCCAGUCACGGCGUACCCCAUAAGUGACGUAGCCAAGGCGUUUCGUCUGCUACAGACUGGAAAACAUUCCGGGAAGGUGGUGCUGUCAGCCGGCCCACAGGAAGUAGUCCCCGUCAUGCCCCGUGUGCGGACGCCUCGGUUCCAAGCUGAAGCAUCCUACUUGCUCGUGGGCGGCGUCGGUGGGAUCGGCCGCUCCAUUGCUCAUUGGAUGGUGGCACAUGGCGCGAAGAACCUCAUAUUGCUCUCGAGGAGCGCCGGACGCAGCCAAAAGACAGCCAUAUUUGUGGAUGAGCUCAGGCAGAUUGGCUGUCGUGUCAAGCCUGUGAGCUGUGACGUUGCGAACCAGAAUGACCUUGAGCAGGCGUUGCGUUCCGCUGAAGAAGACGGCCUACCUCCAGUUCGGGGUGUGAUACAAGCAGCAAUGGUUCUUCAGGACACCGUGUUCGAGCAGAUGACGCUCGACAACUUCAAGACAGCCACUUUGCCCAAAGUUCAGGGCUCAUGGAACCUACACAAAAGAUUUGAGAAGGCCACUGAUCUUGAUUUCUUCGUUAUCCUGUCCUCGGCCGUAGGUGUUGCAGGAAAUGCCAGCCAGUCCAACUACGCCGCCGCUGGGUCCUAUGAAGAUGCACUGGCAAGGUGGCGCGUGGUGCGUGGCCUGCCCUGCGUGUCCAUCGACCUCGGCGCCGUCAAGUCUAUUGGCGUGGCUGCCGAGACAGCCGGCGUCCUAGGCCGUCUGGGAAGGAUUGGAUUCGUUCCCAUGAGCGAGGAUCAGGUGCUUGCGGUGCUGGCUAGCGCAAUCGUCUCCCCUCGCGAGCCGCAGGUCGUCGUGGGGCUGAACACGGGCCCCGGGAAACACUGGGAGAGUGAUGGGGAGUCGCAGCUGGGAAGGGAUGCGCGGUUCGCUGCCUUGCGUACCCACGACGGCCAGAAGAAAGGCGAGAGCGAUGCAAGGCAGGGAGGUGACUCGCUGGCCAGCAAGCUGGCCAGCUCGAGCACGCCGGAGGAGGCGGGAGAGCUUGUCGGGGCGGCGAUCGCGGAGAAGUUGUCAGAUAUUUUCAUGAUCCCCGUGGAUGAGAUCGACCUGGCCAACAAACCCUCGCAGUACGGCAUCGACUCCCUGGUCGCCGUCGAGCUGCGGAACAUGCUGCUCCAGAAGGCGGCAGCUGAGAUUUCCAUUUUCGGUAUCAUGCAGAAUGCGUCGCUCGCUGGGCUGGCCGCCGAUGUUGCUUCGAAGAGCGCGCACGUAAAGUUUGCAUCAGCGGCUUGA